AUGGAUGAUCACGUCGCAAGACAUGCAGUUCCGGAGGAGGCACCAGUAAGGACGUUGGGAAAUGUCCGUCUGAGGGACGAGGCUACGAACGAGAUCAUCUUGAUCCCCAAACCUUCCACAGACCCAAAUGACCCUUUGAAUUGGCCACAAUGGUACAAAUACUACAUGGCGGGGUUGAUCUGCGUGGCCAUGAUGAUGUGCAAUUUUCUUGCAGCGGGCCCGUCGAUAGCUCUUCUGGAGACGGCGCUGGAGUUCUAUCCGGCUGCGGCCACGGAUAAUGCGGUUCUGUCGUACUCCAUCUCCCAGACGGCGUACUUCUUCACGACAACCGCACUGCUUCAGGGGGUUGGCAACUUCUUCUGGGUGCCCAUGGCCAACAAGUUUGGCCGGCGCCCAGUCUAUGUUGCCAGCUACACGAUCUACUUUGUUUGCACGAUAUGGCUCAUCUUUGAACACUCGUACGCCGGCUUUCUCGCUGGGCGGAUCUUGAUGGGUUUCGGUGCUGGUGCAGCAGAGACCAUUGCCCCAAUUUCCAUCGCCGAUGUCUUCUUUCUGCACGAAAGAGGGACCAUCAUGGCUCUCAUCACCAUCAACCAUGAUUGGAGAGUGAUUUACGAGGUUUCUGCGGCCUUAAUCGGCGUCGUUCUCGCGCUUGCGUUCUUCACCUUCCCCGAGACGGCCUACGAGCGAGACGAGGCGAGCAACUGGAACCGAAUGGCAUCCAUCGACGCCAACAAGCCUGGUUCGGUGGGCUCAGAGAGCGAACUCGCUCCCCGCUACGCAGAAAACGCUCUCCCAAGCUCGAGAAAGAACUCUUACCCGUCGUCCCUGAAAAUCUUCCACAAAACUUUGACGCGAGAGAGCCUGCUGAAGCUGUCUCUCCGGCCUCUGGGUCUGAUCAUUCUCCCGCCUGUGCUGUGGGCGGCGUUGGUGCAAGCCGUGACUGUUGGUUUCCUCGUCGCCGUGUCUUCGAAUAUCGCUUCUGCCUUCAACACCGCCUACGGCUUCGAUGCUUGGCAGAUCGGGCUGUGUUUCAUCGCCGGCAUCAUUGGGGCCGCGGCCGGUAUCCCAGCGGGUGGGCACCUUGGCGACAAGGUCGCCGACUGGUUCACGUUACGCAAUGGCGGCAUCAGGGAUCCGGAAAUGCGGCUUCCUGCCAUGGUCAUCUCCAUGAUAUCGACGCCUCUGGCCCUUAUCCUGUACGGCGUGGGAAUCGCGAACCAACUGCACUGGAUCUGUCCCACCCUUGGCCUGGGACUCUCACUUUUCGGCUUCCUGCUCUCCUUCUACACAAACACAUGGAUCGAGCAGGCCGGGUACGUGAAUGCGUUCGGGGCGAUGGCGGGAAUCGCGACUGCCGUCCUGAUCAUGUGGGUGCCGAUGUUCGUAUGGGGGAAGGCAAUACGACAUGAGUCGUGGAAAUGGCGGAUCGUCUCGUAUAUCCAUUGGAGCGAGGACAGGGAGGUCGGCGAGUGA